GCCAACUAACAGCUGUGAAUACAUCUUCGAGUGUGCAAUAUGUGAAGAAAUGAAUACGAGCUAGAAAUAUAGUAAGGCAUUUAGAUGUGCUGAAAUAUAAACAGAAGAAUACAAACUGGCAAUGCUGUAGCAUUAACGCGCUUGGCUAAACGGGCUCUUGCACCUGUCCAGAGACGUUAACGUGGCGCCUGAAUCCGUGACUUGACAGAACGACCACAGUCCACCUUAAAAAACACACCAGGCUCAACCUUCCUUAAAAGCGCACGGCGAAGGGGGCUCGCUUUAUUUGAUUAGAUGACGUUUCGUAUGCAGCCAGGGGUUUCAUUGGUGUCAUGUUAGUAACGGGCGGGCAGUGCGAAAUGAGUAGCUGACGUCAACUCUCAUCUCGCAGAGAGUGUAACAAACAUGGCGACAGGAUGGUGUGGACAGGGGAAUACGCUGGCUUUCUUCUUUUUCCUUUGGACUGGGGUUUGUGCAAGUGCGCCGGAAACCGUGGUCGAGAUCGGCAGCGAGAGCCGUAUCCUCGGGAUGCGGCUGGAGGGAAGCGACAAGCCCGCCACGACUACCGAGGACGGGGUCAUACAGGUAACCGAAGAGAGCAACAUCUUCCUGAGGUUCUACGGGCUGCAUAUCAGCAAUGACACCUGGUCGCAGAUCAAGUUCGUGGAACUGGGGGACGACCAUGGCGACGCUCACAUCGGUGGGAGGUUUAACAGGACUUGUGCUGAUUUCACCAAAGACAUAUUUAUUAUGGCGGGCAUGACCGUCAGUAACAAAGGCACCUCCGGGGUUCUGAGGUUAAAAAUCAAACUUCUCCGAAAGAGCGAGACGCACAGGGAUUAUGGCUUGUGCGUCAGGAAUGACCAGGAUGGCAAGUGGUACCUAUUAGGGGAGAACGACGGCAGUUUACGUGUCGUUGAGGAGAAGAAGUCCCUGCUUCCCCUGUGGCUUCAGGUGAUCCUGAUCUCUUGUCUCCUCUUGCUGUCAGGUAUGUUCAGUGGACUCAAUCUCGGUCUCAUGGCCUUGGACCCCAUGGAAUUGCGCAUCGUGCAGAGUUGCGGCACGGACAAGGAGAAAAAGUAUGCUCGUAAAAUCGAGCCUAUCCGCAGGGAAGGAAACUACUUGUUGUGCUCGCUUCUUCUCGGCAACGUAUUAGUCAACACGACUCUUACUAUUCUGCUAGAUGAUCUGAUAGGGUCAGGUGUGGGUGCCGUAGUCGCUUCCACUAUCGGGAUUGUUAUAUUUGGCGAGAUCGUGCCUCAAGCUCUGUGUUCUCGCCAUGGAUUGGCUGUGGGGGCCAAUACUAUCCUGCUCACAAAAUUCUUCAUGUUGCUCACCUUACCCCUGUCCUAUCCCAUCAGCCGACUGUUGGACUGCAUCUUAGGCCAGGAGAUUGGUACGGUUUACAACCGGGAGAAGCUCGUGGAGAUGCUAAAAGUGACCGAGCCGUAUAACGACUUGGUGAAGGAGGAGCUGAACAUGAUUCAGGGAGCACUGGAACUCAGGACCAAGACGGUCGAGGACGUGAUGACGCCGCUGAGCAAUUGCUUCAUGAUUCACAGCGACGCCGUCUUGGACUUCAACACCAUGUCCGAGAUAAUGGAGAGCGGCUACACGCGCAUCCCUGUGUUCGAGGACGAGCGCACAAACAUUGUUGACGUUCUCUUCGUGAAAGACCUCGCCUUCGUGGACCCAGACGACUGUACGACGCUGAAGACCAUCACCAAGUUCUACAACCACCCAGUGCACUUCGUUUUCCACGACACCAAGCUGGAUUCCAUGUUGGAGGAGUUUAAGAAAGGGAAGUCUCACCUGGCCAUUGUGCAGAAAGUGAACAACGAAGGGGAGGGGGAUCCAUUCUACGAGGUGUUGGGAUUGGUCACCUUAGAGGAUGUCAUUGAAGAGAUCAUCAAAUCGGAGAUUCUGGAUGAGUCUGACCUUUACACUGACAACCGUAACAGGAAGAGGGUGGCCCACAAUAAGAACAAGCGUGACUUCUCCGCAUUCAAACAUGAGAGCGAAUCGAAAGUGAAGAUCUCUCCUCAGCUGCUAUUGGCUGCCCACCGCUUCCUUGCCACAGAGGUGAAUUUGUUCAGUCCAUCACAGAUUUCAGAUAAGAUCCUACUGCGGAUCCUCAAAUACCCCUACGUGAUCCAGGAGAUCAAAUUCAACGAAAACGACAAGCGUUCACCCUUGCACUACAUCUACCAGCGCGGCAAAGCUGUCGACUAUUUCGUCCUCAUAUUGCAGGGUCGCGUGGAAGUGGAGGCUGGCAACGAGAAUAUGAAGUUCGAGACUGGGCCCUUUUCUUUCUAUGGUGUUAUGGCGCUUACUGCUCCCACGCUAGUGAGCGCGUCUCGCCCCAGACACACCUCUCUAAAGAGGCGUUCUCUCUUCUCCCGUUGCUCAGAGUUCCGCUCUCCAUCUCACCUCAGUGGUUUGAACCGUUCAGCGUCUCUGAGCCACACAGAUCGUGUUGAGUCUCAGUCAAUCAGUGGCAGUAACAUGCAUCUCAACAGUGCCCCCUUGCCACAGUACAUCCCUGACUUCAAUGUUCGUGCACUGACAGACCUCCAGAUUGUCAAGAUCACUCGAUCACAGUAUCAGAAUGGUCUCAUGGCAUCUCGGUUGGACAGCUCACCCCAGUCUCCAGACAGCGGGCACACGCGUGCUGACCAGAAGACGUUUGUGGAGAACACCACGCCGGCAGUACCCCCAUCUCCCUCAGAAAACACGCUCACACUGCCCCUCACAGACACUCCGCCAGACGAGCACACCUCCCUCCUCAACGAGCAGAACUGCAACAACACUCGCCACACCAAUCACAGCACACACGGCGAGAGCGCAUUCUGACGCCCACUCAUGCAUAUACCUGUUUGGAACAGACUCAUAGAAACCACCAUUAACACCAUUAGCUGACAUUCACACACACACACACACACACUGUCUGCAACCUGACAAAUAAAUCCAGGAGGAUCCAGGAUGUCUGACAUAAAGGCAUGCAUACACACGCCCCACAGCACAAUUAACACUCUGAUUUUAUAAUCAUAUAGUCAUGGCUAUCAUCAUAAACCUUAAAUCUGUCAAAACAGUUGUCUACAACUAUGUGGAGAUGUGUCUUUGUGUGUUUGGGGGGUGUGUGAGUAAAUUUAUGGAGGAGUCUUCUGGAUUCUGUUUUCUCGAUUACCCCUGGAGCAGCCAGUGUUUUUCUGGAAUUAGAGAGUGCCCUCUCCAAACAUAACACUAAGAGGCAUUUUAAAGAUUGUACACAGGGUCAUGGUGUCUGGGAGGGAAGGAAGUCUUAAUAAUAAACUAAACAAAGAUUAUUUUAUUUUCUUAUUUUAAAGGACGCCUGCUCACAGUGUCGGUGUGAAUACUGUGAAUCACUGAGACAGGCUGAGAUAUGGGAGUCAUUUUAGUUCUCUUAAUCUACACUUUACUUGUGUAGUAACAUUUGUGUGUAUUUGUGUGUGUACAUGUAUGUUGGGGGGGGUAGUGAGACAAAAUUGAGGCAAUUGAGGGUAAGUGAGAAAGAAAGCACAGGUAAUAAAAUUAAGAAACAUGGGCUCAACUAAUCAACACAUUAGUUGCAUCUAGUCCUUAACACCAUGAAGCAUCUCAGGGAGUGACUAAGCACCACAUACAACAAACAUGUUAAAAAUGACCUUUGACCUUUCUCUGUUUAUAAACAUACAACUUGAUCCAAUAUCUCCCCCCCCCCCAAAAAAAAACCCAUAAGCAUGUUGUUGUACAGUUUAUGCUAAUUUUCAACUAUA